AUGGGCGAUAAUAAUAAUAAUAAUAAUAAUGAAAUUAGAGAAGAUGAAAAUGAACCAAUACCACCAUUUAAAUGUCCAGAAUGGGCAUCAAAACCAAUAUCAAAUGUUUAUUUAGAGAUUAUAAAGAAUGGUGUGAAUAUAGAUAGAGUUGAUAUUAGUAAAGAUAAAUUCACAGUAUUUGGUAGAAGUAGUGAAGUUGCGUCAGUUUUAUUAGAUCAUCCAUCAGUAUCAAGAAGACAUGCUGCAUUGGUAUAUCAUGGUGCAAAUAAUAGAUUCUAUUUAAUUGAUUUACAAUCUGCAACUGGCACUCAAGUUAAUGAUGAACAAGUUAAACCAUUAACUCCAACAACUGUUAAAGAAAACUUCACUUUUAAAUUUGGUUCAUCAUCAAAACAUUUUAUAUUAAAAGGCACUGUAAAUACAAAUCCAUCAUCUUCUUCAUCAUCAUCAUCAUCAUCAUCAUCAGAACCAAAAACAGUCACUUGCCGUCAUCUUUUAGUUAAACAUCAAGGUUCAAGAAAUCCAUCAUCUUGGAGGGAAUCUAAAAUUACAAGAACCAAAGAAAGAGCAAUCGCUAAACUUAAUGAAUAUAGAGCAACAAUUAUAUCUGGUUCUGCCACAUUUGAAGAUUUAGCUCAUAAAAAUUCAGAUUGUAGCAGUGCUAAAAGAGGUGGCUAUCUUGAUCCAUUCAAAAGAGGCCAAAUGCAAAGACCUUUUGAAGAUUGCGCAUUUUCUUUAAAAGUUGGUGAAGUUAGUGGCAUUGUAGAUACUGAUUCAGGUGUUCAUAUUAUUGAAAGAUUAGCAUAA